GUUUCGUUGGUUUGGUUUCAGUUCCGUUUGCAACUUAUCCCACAGUGUGUGAAUUCCGUGAAUCCAGGCCAGCCCAAAGAUGGAUCAGAAUAAUGCCCAGCUAGUGGAGAACAUGUUUGCCCUGGAUAACGACAAUAGUGGCCCCGUGGAAGAUGACGAAGAUGAGGAAGAGGUUCUGAUGACUUCCAAGCAGGUGUUGGAUGCAUUGCAACAAGCUUGGUUGAACGAAAAAUUUGCCGUUCAAAUCCUACCGUACAAGGAAGCUAUCGUCGAUAUGGUCAUGAGCCAACUAGUUUACAUGGAAGAAAAUUUGGCCAAUACAAACAAGAAUGAAAUGCUCUACAUUACGCACCGUAUGGAAGUGGAACGGAUACGGUACGUGCUGGCCAGUUAUCACCGCUGUCGGUUACAGAAAAUCGAAGAGUACGCUUUUCACAUACUGGAAGAGGAGUCGAAACGGGCACCGGAGGCCAAGCGGCUUUCCGCCGGGGAGCAACAGUUCGCGGCGGAUUUCUACAAAAGUGUUGAAAAUCAUUUUCAUCAGCUUGCGGUGCGGCAUAUGCCGCAGAACCACCAGGACGAUGAGCACGUGCGGAAGGUGGUCCCGAACGUGGACAGUUACGUUUUCAUUCGCGCCAAAGAAAACGUGGCGGAUUUUGCGAUCAGUGCCGAUCACGAGACCAUCAACAUAGCGGCCGGGUCGAUUCAUAUGUUUAAGUAUCGGGAUGUGGAACCGUUGGUUCUGGAGGAGAUAGUUGAUCUACUGUAGAAUAGGAUAGGAUUAUGUAAAGUUUAGUUAUAUCGUUUGUUCUACUCGUUCUGCUAGGCUAGU